AAUUUAUUUUCUAGACGCGUUAUGGGUUGACGUAUUACCAAUUAACGUAAGUUGCGCAGAAGUUCUGAAACGACCGUAAUGAACAGAGGUUGCGUGUAUUGAAAAAGAAUGUGAAACGACGACCAUUCCCACGUCUUACAUACUUAAUUCAAUCCAAAGUAGGUGCAUGCAUUCCGUUCACCGAAGCUGUGACGACCUGCAAGAUAUUGACGAACGACCUUGCUAUGGAGGAAGACGAUAAGGUGAAGAACGAGGCACUGCAGAUAAUCAGUCUCCACCAAAAUCUUCCUCGCCUAGUUGUCUUCGAUCUCGAUCAUACUUUCUGGCCUUUCUAUUGUGAGGGCUGCUAUGGGGAUGACGAGCCAUAGCUGUAUCCACAGGCCAGAGGCAUAUUCUAUGCACUCAAGGAUAGUGGAAUGAACGUGGCUAUUGCUUCUAGAUCGCCAACUCCUGAUAUAGCCAAAAAUUUUCUAGAUAAAUUGGGUAUCCAAUCCAUGUUUGUGGCCCUGGAAAUUUUUGCCAGUCCGACUCACAAAACAGAUCAUUUCCAAAGAAUUCAAAGAAGUACCGGGGUACCUUUCACUUCAAUGCUCUUCUUUGACGAUGAGGAUAGGAAUAUUCAAGCGGUAUCAAAAAUGGGCGUAACAAGCAUAUUGGUCGGCGAUGGGGUAAACCUUGGAGUUUUGAGGCAUGGACUAUCAGAAUUUUCUCAGAUGUCAAGGACUCAAAAUCAUCUAGCAGGGGCAAGCAGAAUUGAAUCUUCCUCUGGUGUGGAGUCAUGUAUGGCCUUGAAAGUGGAAUGAUGCUUGGUAUUUCAAAUGUGAUUGUUGUAGUUUUUUUACUCAAACCAUCAAAUGUACUGCAACUUUGUGAUACACAUGUUGUAUUGCACAUUAUAUCUAUACCAUCAAAUAAC